AAGCCUAGUCCACUAAGUCUCAAUUGCUAGGAAGUAGCUACAUUCUAAGAUCUCAGCCAUGGAACUAAGAAAUCGAACAGCACACACCGGAGCGUGUGUGCGUCCCACUCAGAGUAUUCACCGAUUUGUAAAACAAGAGAAAUACAUGCUGUUGAUCUCCAGAAUCCGCGGUCAUGGAGUCCAGCGCCUGCUGCUCUCUCUUCUGCUCCUCGCAGCCUGGGAGGUGGGGAGCGGCCAGCUGCACUAUUCGGUCCCUGAGGAGGCCAAACACGGCACCUUCGUGGGCCGCAUCGCGCAGGACCUGGGACUGGAGCUGGCGGAGCUGAUGCCGCGCCUGUUCCGAGUGGAGUCCAAGGACCGAGGGGACCUUCUGGAGGUAAAUCUGCAGAAUGGCAUUUUGUUUGUGAAUUCUCGGAUCGACCGGGAGGAGCUGUGCGGGCGGAGCAUGGAGUGCAGCAUCCACCUGGAGGUGAUCGUGGACAGGCCGCUGCAGGUUUUCCAUGUGGAGGUGGAGGUGAAGGACAUUAACGACAACCCGCCAGUAUUCUCUGUAACAGAGCAAAAGAUCUUGAUACCUGAAUCUAGACUGCUUGAUUCUAAAUUUCCUCUGGAAGGCGCAUCUGAUGCUGAUGUCGGAGAGAACUCACUGCUUACUUACAAACUCAAUUCAAACGAGUUUUUCAAUCUUGAGAUUAUAAGCAAAAAAUACAAAGGCAAACUCCCAGUGCUUGUUCUGAGAAAACUUCUAGAUCGUGAAGAAAAUCCUCAGAUUAAGUUAUUACUGACUGCAACUGAUGGAGGCAAACCUGAGUUCACUGGAUCUAUUUCUAUAUUGAUCCUGGUGUUGGAUGCCAACGAUAAUGCCCCUGUAUUUGACAGAUCCAUUUAUGAAGUGAAGAUGUAUGAAAAUCAAGCAAACCAAACGUUAGUGAUAUGGCUAAACGCUUCUGACACAGAUGAAGGAAUAAACAAGGAGUUGGUGUAUUCAUUUAGCUCUCUGGUCCCGCCCAUCACAAGAAGAAAAUUUUUAAUAAAUGAAAGAACAGGAGAAAUAAGAGUAAAUGAUACUAUCGACUUCGAAGACAGCAACAGUUACGAAAUUCAUGUAGAUGUUACAGAUAAAGGAAAUCCACCUAUGGUUGGUCACUGCACUGUCUUGGUGGAAAUCUUGGAUGAAAAUGACAAUUCACCAGAGAUAGUUGUCACUUCUUUGUCUCUUCCAGUCAAAGAAGACACUCAGUCGGGCACUGUCAUCGCGCUGGUCAGUGUGUCUGACCAAGAUUCUGGAGCCAACGGGCAGGUGACCUGCUCCCUGACACCCACUGUUCCCUUCAAGCUGGUGUCCACUUUCAAGAAUUACUAUUCAUUGGUGCUGGAUGGCGAGCUGGACCGAGAGACCAUAUCUGACUAUAAGGUGGUGGUGACCGCGCGGGACGGGGGCUCGCCCUCGCUGUGGGCCACGGCCAGCAUGUCCGUGGAGGUGGCCGACGUGAACGACAACGCGCCUGCGUUCGCGCAGCCCGAGUACACGGUGUUCGUGAAGGAGAACAACGCGCCGGGUUCGCACAUCUUCACGGUGUCGGCGCGGGACGUGGACGCGCAGGAGAACGCGCUGGUGUCCUACUCGCUGGUGGAGCGGCGGGUGGGCGAGCGCGCGCUGUCGAGCUACGUGUCGGUGCACGCGGAGAGCGGCAAGGUGUACGCGCUGCAGCCGCUGGACCACGAGGAGCUGGAGCUGCUGCAGUUCCAGGUGAGCGCGCGCGACGCUGGCGUGCCGCCCCUGGGCAGCAACGUGACGCUGCAGGUGUUCGUGCUGGAUGAGAACGACAAUGCGCCCGCGCUGCUGGGGCCUGCUGUGGGCGGCGCGGUGAGCGAGCUGGUGUCGCGGUCAGUGGGCGCGGGCCACGUGGUGGCGAAGGUGCGCGCGGUGGACGCGGACUCUGGCUACAACGCGUGGCUGUCUUAUGAGCUGCAGCCGGCGGCGGGUGGUGCGCGCAGCCCGUUCCGCGUGGGGCUGUACACGGGCGAGAUCAGCACGACGCGCGCCCUUGACGAGGCUGAUGCGCCGCGUCAGCGCUUGUUGGUGCUGGUGAAGGACCAUGGCGAGCCAGCGCUGAUGGCCACCGCCACUGUGCUGGUGUCUCUGGUGGACAGUGGUCAAGCACCAAAGGUAUUGUCCCAGGCAUCGGUGGGUCCUGUAGGCGGGGAUGCAGCGUUGGUGAAUGUCAACGUGUAUCUGAUCAUCGCCAUCUGCGCGGUGUCCAGUCUGCUGGUGCUCACGUUGCUGCUGUGCACCGCGCUGCGUUGCUCAGCGGUGCCCACCGAGAGCAUGUGCAGGCCUGGGAAGCCCAUGCUUGUGUGCUCCAGUGCGGUGGGGAGCUGGUCUUAUUCACAGCAGAGGAGGCAGAGGGUGUGUUCUGGGGAAGUGCCACCCAAGACUGACCUCAUGGUAUUCAGUCCUAGUCUUACACCCUGUCAAGUGGCAGAUGUGGCAAUGGAUCAGUCUACUGAAAGGGAUCAAUCUGGGAAGUAUGAAUAUUGA